AUGCCUGGAACAGUGCCUGGCCCUAUGGUAGAGCUGUGCAUUCUGUAUGGACAGAAUGAAGAGAAAAUGGCCACUGAGCUUAUAGCCUUCUGCACCAGCAUAAGUAACGUUCGCCUGACCUCAGAGAUCCUGAGCUCUUUUGAGCAUGAGUGUCUGAGCAAAAGAUUGCCCAAAGCCUCGCACAGAGCCUCCGGGGAUGGUGGGCACGCAGGAGCUAGAGACAUUGUUUCCAUACAAGAACUAAUUGAAGUGGAGGAAGAAGAAGAGACCCUCUUGAACUCUUACACCACACCCUCUAAGGGUUCUCAGAAGCGAGCUAUCACCACCCCAGAAACCCCCCUAACCAAAAGAACUGUGUCUACUCGGAGCCCCCAUCAGCUUCUCUCGCCGUCGAGUUUCUCUCCAAGUGCUGCUCCCUCUCAGAAGUACAACGCGAGAAGUAACCGCGGAGAAGUGGUUACCUCCUUUGGCUCAGCACAGGGAGGGUCUUGGUCUGGAAGAGGAGGGGCUGGCAAUAUCAGCCUGAAGGUCUUGGGGUGUCCAGAGGCACUAACCGGGAGCUACAAAUCAAUGUUUCAGAAGCUUCCAGAUAUUCGAGAAGUUCUGACCUGCAAGAUAGAAGAACUCGGCAGCGAACUUAAGGAACAUUACCAGAUUGAGGCUUUUACUUCCGUUCUGGUCCCAGCUCAAGAGCCUGUCACUCUGCUGGGCCAGAUUGGCUGUGAUACCAACGGGAAGCUGAACAGCAAAUCCGUGAUUCUUGAGGGAGACCGGGAACAUUCCUCAGGGGCUCAAAUUCCAGUGGAUUUAUCUGAGCUCAAAGAAUACUCUCUGUUUCCCGGACAGGUUGUCAUUCUGGAAGGAAUCAACACCACGGGUGGAAAACUUAUUGCCACCAAACUCUACGAGGGUGUGCCGCUUCCAUUUUAUCAGCCCCCCAAAGAGGAUGAAGAUUUUGAGCAAAACAUGGUCCUGGUGGCCUGCGGGCCAUACACGACCUCCGACAGCAUCACGUAUGACCCCCUGCUCGAUCUAAUUGCCAUCAUCAACCGCGACCGGCCAGAUGUCUGCAUCCUGUUGGGACCUUUCCUGGAUGCUAAGCAUGAGCAGGUUGAGAACUGUCUGCUGACAAGUCCAUUUGAAGAUGUCUUCAAGCAGUGUCUACGGACAAUUAUUGAAGGGACACGAAGCACGGCCAGCAUGCGAGUGCAAUUCGUGUCUGAGCCCUGCAGCCUCUCCGUGAACGGAGUGGUCUUCGGCCUGACGUCCACGGAUCUGCUGUUCCACAUGGGAGCCGAGGAGAUCAGUAGUUCUUCCGGAACUUCAGACAGACUCAGCCGAAUCCUCAAGCACAUCCUGACCCAGAGGAGCUACUACCCGCUCUACCCUCCCCAGGAAGACAUGGCCAUUGACUAUGAGAAUUUCUACACCUACGCCCAGCUGCCUGUCACCCCAGACGUCUUCAUUAUCCCAUCAGAGCUGAAAUACUUCGUGAAGGACGUCCUCGGCUGUGUCUGUGUGAACCCCGGGCGCCUCACCAAAGGGCAGGUGGGGGGCACCUUCGGCCGACUCCUCCUCAGGAGGCAGCGGGCUGAGGACGGGGAGGGGAGGCGGAGUCCGUGUGCGGCCGCCCAGGUGGUCAGGAUCUGA